UUAGGUUCUAGAUGUCACUAUAGAGGAGAAGCACUGAAGGGCUCAGUGAAGUAAGGCAGUCGGUCUUCUCGCACUGGCAAAGCACCGAUUCAGAUCACAACAUACUUGGGUGUCAGCUGCUACACUGGAAACUUUAAAGCACCUUCUCCACACCCCAAAGUGCAGACCAUCCCAAAUCUCCAGGAAGUUCCUUAAGCGGCAGAAUUGCGGAAUCGUCUUUGCGACGCUUACAUCUCUUCAGGAGAGCCUGCGAGUGGGAUGGGAGGUGUGUGAGCAAGCCGGGGUUGAGAGUGUUCAGCGCGGCAUAGUUGUUGAAGAAGGACUCGCUGAUCACAGCGUAGAUGGAGAUCUGCAGCUAAAACUGCACAGGAUUCGGUAGCAUUUUUUUUUACAGAUUUCAAAUUACUGUAGGAAAUAAAGGGAGGCGUGUGUGAGUGCCGGAGCCGUUGGAUUUGUUAAGAGCGCAUUCGUUUUUUUUACACAUCUAGAUUGUGAUUUUGGAGUAUCUGAGAAUUGGGAUUCCUGUGAACAGACCAUCUGCAGUGUCAAUGCGGCUGUAGUGAAGUAGAAAAAGCAGCAAUUACAGCCCCUAAACCUACAUGAUGUAUGUAUGAAGAUCGCAUAUGGAGCUCUUAAAAAUAAAGAAAAGGCAGGGAAAUGAACUGACCCUUCAUCCCAAAUACAGUCAAAACGUGAUCUUCUUUCAAGAUCAGCUACAGACCUCCUCAAGAGCUGAGCUCCUUAUUAUCAUUAAUAAGCUGUCAUGGAGGGAGUCCACAAUGAUUUCAGAUGGAAAAACAGAUUUUGAUCAAGACCAGCUGAAUCUACUGGACUGAGCAUUCUUGCUGGGAAUAGAAACCGUUCAGUCUUCAGAAAUGGCUUCUUUUAUGAGAAAUUGGACUUUUCUGACCUUUUACAUUUUGCCAAUUCUGACAGCUUCAUCAGCUUCCAGGCAACCUGUCCACAUCAACAAGGAAUUCAGCACUUUCCAUUCUGAAAAUUCUGAAUGGACUUUCAACCACUUAGCUGUUGAUGCAAGAAAUGGGAAUGUUUACUUGGGUGCUGUGAAUAGGAUCUACAAACUUUCCAGUGACUUAAAGGUGCAAGUAACCCACCAAACUGGACCGGAUGAGGACAACCCUAAGUGUUAUCCUCCAAGGAUAGUUCAGCCUUGCCAUGAACCAUUAACCCUCACGAACAAUAUAAACAAAAUGCUGCUGAUAGACUAUAAAGAAAAUAGGUUGCUAGCCUGUGGUAGUCUUUACCAGGGAAUUUGCAAACUUUUGAGGCUUGAGGAUCUUUUCAAGCUUGGGGAGCCAUCCCAUAAGAAAGAGCACUACCUCUCUGGGGUCAAUGACAGUGGCUCAGUGUUUGGAGUGAUUGUGUCCAACAAAGACUCUGCUGACAAACUGUUUAUUGCAACUGCUGUGGAUGGCAAGCCCGAAUAUUUCCCUACUAUCUCCAGUCGGAAAUUAACAAGAAACUCGGAGGCUGAUGGGAUGUUUGCCUAUGUAUUCCACGAUGAAUUUGUAGCCUCAAUGAUCAAAAUUCCUUCCGAUACUUUCACAAUCAUUCCAGACUUUGAUAUUUACUAUGUCUAUGGCUUCAGUAGUGGAAACUUUGUCUAUUUUUUGACUCUUCAGCCUGAAAUGACCAGUCCCACUGGCUCUGCUACCAAGGAGCAGGUGUACACAUCCAAACUUGUCCGUCUCUGCAAAGAAGACACUGCUUUUAACUCUUAUGUGGAGGUUCCCAUUGGCUGUAUGAAGAAUGGCAUUGAAUAUCGGUUGCUUCAGGCUGCUUACUUGUCAAAAGCUGGUGCUAUUUUAGCCAGGUCACUGGGCAUUAGUCCUGAUGAUGAUGUCCUUUACACCAUAUUUUCAAAAGGCCAAAAGAGGAGAACCAAAUCUCCAGAGGAAUCUGCACUUUGUGUCUUUAUGCUGAAAAACAUCAAUGACCGCAUCAAGGAUAGACUUCAGUCUUGCUACAAAGGGGAAGGAACAUUAGAUUUGGCCUGGCUUAAAGUCAAGGAUAUUCCUUGUAGCAGUGCACUUUUAACAAUCGAUGACAAUUUUUGUGGGUUGGAUAUGAAUGCCCCACUGGGAGUAUCAGAGCUGGUUCGGGGGAUCCCUCUGUUCUCCGAAGAGUCGGACAGAAUGACCUCAGUCAUCGCCUACGUGUACAAGAACCAUUCCUUGGCUUUCAUCGGCACCAGGAGUGGCAAACUGAAAAAGAUCAGAGUGGAUGGACCUUCCCAUGGUGCCUUGCAGUAUGAGACAGUUCAAGUGGUUGAAAAUGGUCCAAUUUUGCGGGACAUGGCCUUUUCAGCAGAUCAACACUACCUGUACAUCAUGUCUGAAAACCAGCUGACCCGGGUGCCGGUGGAGUCCUGUGGACAGUAUACGACCUGCAGCGAGUGUCUGGGCUCUGGGGACCCCCACUGCGGCUGGUGUGUGCUGCACAAUACGUGUACCAGAAAAGAAUACUGUGAGCGCUCGACCGAGCCCCGAAGAUUUGCAUCUCAUAUCAAGCAGUGUGUCAGACUCAGUGUGCACCCAAACAAUAUUUCAGUGUCUCAGUACAGUGUACUACUGAUCCUGGAAGCUCACAAUGUCCCAGAGCUCUCAGCAGGAGUAAACUGUACUUUUGAAGACCUGGCUGAAAUGGAUGGGUUGGUGGAAGGGAAUAGGAUUAAAUGCAACUCACCAGCAGAGAAAGAAGUACCUCAGAUCAUUAUUGAUAAAGGAGACCAUCAGAUUGUUCAGCUGUACCUGAAGUCCAAGGAGACAGGCCUGGCGUUUGCAAACACAAGUUUUGUCUUUUACAACUGCAGUGUUCAUAAAUCGUGCCUGUCUUGUGUGAAUAGUCCCUAUCAGUGCCACUGGUGUAAAUAUCGCCACAUGUGUACCCAUGACCCGCGGUCCUGUUCUUUUCAGGAGGGGAGAGUCAAGCAUUCAGAGGACUGUCCUCAGCUGCUCCCAGCAGAGAAGAUACUUGUCCCAGUUGGAGUUGUAAAGCCUAUCACACUGAAAGCCAAAAACCUGCCCCAGCCCCAAUCUGGCCAGCGAGGAUACGAAUGCAUUCUCAACAUCCAGGGCACAGAGGAGAGGGUGCCAGCUCUGCGCUUCAACAGCUCCAGUGUGCAGUGCCAGAACACCUCAUACUCCUAUGAAGGAAUGGAAAUUAACAGUCUCCCAGUAGAUUUGAUGGUGGUAUGGAAUGGUGACUUCAGCAUUGACAAUCCAGCAGAUAACAAAGUUCACCUGUAUAAAUGUGGAGCUAUGAGGGAGAGCUGUGGACUGUGCCUGAAGGCUGAUCCUCACUUUGGCUGUGUGUGGUGUAAAAGGGAGAACAGAUGUACACUGAAACAGCAUUGCCCACAACUGCAGAACCAGUGGCUGGAGAACACAGGGCUGAACAGCAAAUGUACCCACCCAAAAAUAACACAGAUAACUCCUUUAAGAGGUCCAAGGGAAGGUGGUACAUUGGUAACCAUACGAGGGGAGAAUCUUGGCCUGGAGUUCAGGGAGAUAGAGGGACAUGUAAAGGUGGCAGAAGUCGAUUGUACACCAGUUCCAGAGGGGUAUAUCCCUGCUGAGCAGAUAGUAUGUGAAAUGGGGAAAGCGGAGAGAAGUCAAUAUGCAGGAAGCGUGCAGGUCUGUGUGGGAGAGUGCAGACCUGAAUUCAUGGCAACUUCCUACAAAUAUUAUUUCUUUGUGGUUCCCAAAUUAAUGUACCUGAAGCCUAAUCGUGGUCCUGUGUCAGGGGGCACUAUUGUCAACAUCACUGGGAGCAAUCUAGACGCAGGUAGCAAUGUGUCCAUCAUGUUUAAAGACCAGAAGUGUAUUUUUCACAGGAGAGGUGCUCAGUGGAUUACAUGCAAAUCCCAGGCCUCCCUUCAUGGCUAUGGGAAUGUCACUGUGUCUGUACGAGUGGACCGAGCCGAGCUUCAGAAAGACUUGAGGUUUGAAUAUGUAGAGGACCCAAUAAUCACCAAGUUAGAACCAGAAUGGAGCAUCUUCAGUGGUAAUACACCAAUAACAGUAACGGGAACGAAUCUGGACAUCAUUCAAAACCCUCUAAUCCGAGCCAAGUACAAUGGAGUGGAGACUGUCAAUACAUGCAAAAUGCUCAGCUCAACAUCAAUGGUCUGCCAAGCUCCUGAGCUGGCUGUGAGUUCAAGUCACCAGGGUGAGGUUGUGGAGCGUCCGGAUGAGUUUGGGUUUAUUCUUGACAAUGUCCAGUCAGUGCUGUCCUUGAACAGCACCAACUUCAUCUAUUAUCCAAACCCUGUAUUUGAGGUUUUAAGUCUCUCAGGAGUGUUGGAACUAAAACCUGGCUCACCCAUCAUACUGAAGGGUAGGAAUUUUCUGCCUCCAGCACCAGGGGGAAAUGCCAAGCUAAACUACACUGUGCUGAUUGGAGAAAAGCCCUGCACUUUAACAGUGUCUGACACCCAGCUCCUGUGUGAAUCCCCCAACCUCACAGGACGGCACAAAGUUCUGGCUCGGGUUGGUGGGAUCGAGUUUUCGCCUGGUGUGGUUCACAUUUCGUCUGACAGCCCGCUCAGCCACACAGCCAUCAUCAGCAUCUCCAGUGCAGGAGGCCUCCUCAUCAUCUUCAUCGUGGUGGUGCUCAUUGCCUACAAGCGCAAGUCCCGUGAAAGUGAUCUCACGCUGAAGCGCCUCCAGAUGCAGAUGGACAACCUUGAAUCCAGGGUGGCUCUGGAGUGUAAAGAGGCAUUUGCAGAGUUACAGACUGAUAUUCAUGAACUAACUAGUGAUUUGGAUGGAGCUGGUAUCCCAUUCCUUGAUUACCGUACCUACACUAUGAGAGUUCUUUUCCCUGGAAUUGAAGAGCAUCCAGUUCUGAGGGACCUGGAGGUUCCUGGAUACAGACAGGAACAGGUAGAAAAGGGAUUGAAACUGUUUGGGCAGCUCAUCAACAACAAGGUGUUUCUGUUGUCAUUCAUCCGGACUCUUGAGUCUCAGCGCAGUUUCUCCAUGAGGGACCGGGGAAAUGUUGCCUCGCUGAUCAUGACAGUUCUGCAGAGUAAACUAGAGUAUGCUACAGAUGUGCUGAAGCAGCUGCUGUCAGACCUCAUUGACAAAAACCUGGAGAGUAAAAACCAUCCUAAACUACUGUUGAGGAGGACUGAGUCUGUUGCUGAGAAAAUGCUAACCAACUGGUUUACUUUCCUGUUGUACAAGUUCCUAAAGGAAUGUGCAGGAGAGCCUCUGUUCUCACUGUUCUGCGCCAUCAAACAGCAGAUGGAGAAAGGACCCAUUGACUCUAUCACUGGUGAGGCUCGCUAUUCACUCAGCGAAGACAAGCUCAUCAGACAGCAAAUAGACUACAAGACACUGAUAUUGAACUGUCUAAACCCUGAUAAUGAGAAGAGUCCGGAGAUCCCAGUGAAAGUCCUGAACUGCGACACUAUUACCCAAGUCAAAGAGAAGAUUCUUGAUGCGAUUUACAAGAAUGUUCCCUAUUCACAUAGGCCAAAAGCUUCAGACAUGGACCUAGAGUGGCGCCAAGGAAGGGGAUCGCGGCUUAUUCUCCAAGAUGAAGAUGUGACUACUAAGAUUGAGAAUGACUGGAAGAGGCUGAAUAUGUUGGCACAUUAUCAGGUGCCAGAUAACUCAGUGGUGGCCCUUGUUCCCAAGCAAGUUAUGGCCUACAAUUCAGUUAACAACUCCACCGUCUCCAGAACCUCAGCCAGCAAAUAUGAAAACAUGAUUCGGUACACUGGAAGUCCAGACAGUCUGCGCUCCCGCACUCCAAUGAUUACCCCUGACCUUGAGAGUGGGGUCAAAGUGUGGCACUUGGUCAAGAACCACGAACAUGGGGAUCAAAAGGAAGGCGACAGAGGCAGCAAGAUGGUAUCAGAGAUAUAUCUGACUCGGUUGUUAGCCACCAAGGGUACCUUACAAAAGUUCGUUGAUGAUCUCUUUGAGACAAUAUUCAGCACAGCACACAGAGGGAGUGCUCUUCCCCUCGCCAUCAAAUACAUGUUUGAUUUCCUAGAUGAGCAGGCGGACAAGCACAGUAUCCAUGACCCUCAUGUCCGGCACACGUGGAAAAGCAACUGCCUGCCCUUACGAUUUUGGGUGAAUGUGAUCAAGAACCCCCAGUUUGUCUUCGAUAUCCACAAAAGCAGCAUCACAGAUGCCUGCCUCUCAGUAGUAGCACAGACCUUCAUGGACUCCUGCUCGACGUCAGAACACCGGCUGGGCAAAGACUCACCCUCCAACAAGCUUCUAUAUGCCAAGGACAUUCCCAGCUACAAGAGCUGGGUGGAAAGGUACUACUCAGACAUCGGUAAGAUGCCUGCCAUUAGCGAUCAGGAUAUGAAUGCCUACCUAGCGGAGCAGUCCCGCAUGCACAUGAAUGAAUUCAACACAAUGAGCUCACUCAGUGAGAUUUACUCAUAUGUUGGAAAGUACAGUGAGGAGAUUGUGUCUGCACUGGAACAGGAUGAUGCUGCAAGGAAACAGAGACUGGCCUUCAAGCUCGAGCAAGUGGUCACUUUGAUGAGCAUAGACAGCUGAAAACCACUGCCCCGGUGUGUGCUAGGAGAGCAGAAACCGAGCCGUGCCUGAAUGAAGACCUGUCAUCUUUUCACCAUCAGCGAGUUCCUUGUAGCUCAAGCAUUGUAUCACUAUGUUAGCUCUACUUACAGAAGAAUGAAUGGGGAUAGAAGAGCUUGUCGGACUAGUGGAUUUUAAUUAAUCCCCUGGUAAAGUGUUGCCUUGUAUAUACUACUGAUAUAAAAAAAAUAUCUGAACCAACGUUUGGUGUCAGUUUGCUUUGAUUUUUCAACAGAAUGGAGAUUAAUUCUAUAACAGAGGCACAUCACAUUUAGGACAAUAUGCAAUGUCAUAAAAAAGGUAAACAAACCAAGAAUCUUUUGGGAGAUUUACAGGCCAGAAUAAUUUAUAUUUAAGCAUACAGGGAAUAAAGAAAGCAUUUGUAUUGUUAGACCCAAAAAGAAGCAGAAGAGAGUAAGACAAAUAAUGUAUCUGUAAUUUGAAUGGACAAAUGUUUUAAUUGUGGGCGAAACUUUUCCUCACCAUUGUAAGGUGAAAAGGCAUUUGAAUAGAACAGAUAGGAUAAAAAAAAAGAAUUCAGCUGAUGUCUAAUAUAUCCUGCAACCUAAAUUUCCAAAUUUAGAAUUGUGCUGAUAACAAAAAUGGAUAACUUCAAAAAGAAGAUGUUUUAUUUAAAAUAUUCAAGACCUGCAGAUGAAUGUUUGGAAAAGGCAAAUCCUCAGGCAUAAAGACGCUGAACCUGACUCAUUUACUGUAGAGCUGAUAAUGGUAACAAUGCUUGUUUCUUCAUAUGUGCCACCACUGCAUUUUUUGAUGAAGUGUUGCAUAGGUUUGUGAAUAAUGUCCCUCAUCAGUCGAAUGUACCGUCUGUAGUGCUACAGAAGUCCAAAAUUAUGUGGCGAGGACUUUUUUUUUUUAAAUGCCUGGAGAAAAAAAAAGAAAUUGACAACUAAGAGAUGUGUAGUGUACUUUUUUGACAUGUACUGACUUACUGUAUAUGAAGGCUGCAGACUGCAGAAUGGGGACUUCUAAACUGCCACUUAAUGCACAGUUCUGUGCCUAAUUGGUACAAGCAAGUUUUGGAUAUCCCAACUUUGUUGUGAAGAGUUGUAGACUUUUAUUUCACUGGAUGUUCAGUGAGACUCUGGAACAAGUGGACAAUGCUGGCCAGCAGAAAACCAAAGGAGUCUGAUUUUAAAAGAAAAAUAAAGUGCCACAUUGAAAAGAAACAAGAAAAUGAUAUUUUAUUUACAGCCUCAGUGUGUAAAAUAAUCUGCGGGCAAGCUGGCUUUUUAUUUUUGUCCUUUCCAUUUUUGCACACUGUAUCUUUUGCCCAAUCCAGUUACCAUUUUGCACAACCGAAGAAUUUGGAAAGAAAGUGAAUCUCGUCUUUGAAGGUACAGCUUUCUUUGAGGUUGAUAUCGAUCUCAGAGUUUUUAACACUGAAAAGAGCAACAAUACAAACAUUUGGAUGCGAAUAUUGUCAGAUGACAAUAGAGCUGCCCUCCUUUUCUUUUACCUUCAAGCUUUCUUUUGCCUUGAAACGUGCCAGACUUGUGAUGUGAAUGUGUGGAUGCCUCAGUAGAUCCACCUUGGAUCUUUUGGCUUUUUAAGCGCAUGUACUACAAUUAAAAAAAAAAAGAAAAAGAAAAAAAGCCUUGCAAUGACGUGGAUGUGUUUUUUUUUUUAUUUGCUUGGAAGCAUCAAACAGAGUGGUUUGUCAUGUUAUUAUAUUACUCUGUUAAGGUGGAACCUUUAUCCAGUAAUCCAUGUGACCAUUCCAUGUUUUAUAAAAUAUUAGACGCUAAUGUAAGUGGUACCUUAAAAAAAAAUAUAUACCCUGCAUGUUGACUGGAUGUUAUGAAAUGGAACUGCCUUGCAAUCAAAAUAUUUAUCUAAUAUGCUAAAAGCUAAUUCUAAAAACUGGAGUUGGAUUCUCCCAUACUGUUCUUUUCAAUUGUCUUCAAUAUAAUGUAUUAUGAUUAUCAUAUAUCAUUUAUUAACCUCACAGAGAUUUAAUAUCUUUACAGUUUGGUAGACUGUCUUUCUAUGAGUAGACAGCUUCUAUAAAUGGUUGAUGUAAAUUUCUCCAUUGAGAUUACAAGUGGACUGCGCCACAAAAACCAGGCUGAUGGCAAAUAUCCACAGAAAGGAUAAAUGUGCCUUUUAAUACAAUAUAAAACUUAAUUACUACUGUCAUUUACUGCUACUGAUGUAUGGCAGUGUCCUUAGGCCACGAUUCUAGAUUAUGAGCUAUAUGGGCAUACAAUGAGCUUUUCUGCAGUGAGCCUAUGAAAGCCUGGCACUCAUUUUAUGUGAAUAAGAAGCAAAAAAAACAGUUUUAAAUUUAAUGUGGCUUAAUAAAUCCUGCAUAGCUCUUUACGAUAUAUAUUUUUUCUAUGCAGAGGUUUUGUUCUAUUUUUUUUUUCUGUUGAAGAAGUGAAUAUUAGUUCUGUCAACAAGAAAUUACUAAAAUGUAAGUUGCAGUACAUUUUCCAAAGAAAGAUUUUGAUAAGUCUUAUCAAGGAAUUUGCACCUGAUUGCAAUUUGCUGUAUUUAUUGGAAAAGAAAAAUCUUGGAAAACAUGCACACUUUAAACUCUAAUCGCAAACACAUUUUAGUGUUUAUCAAUUUACCAAAUGGCUUUACACUCAUUUAACACAGUGAUUUUUCUUUUUAAAAUAAAUUGUGCAAAUAGCAUAUUGGUGCAAGCUUGAAUGAAGGAAAAAAGUCCUGUAGUCUGUUUGCUUCCCUUAGGAACCUCCAUUAGGCUCUUCAGGUCCCUCUGAGGAAUCUGUAUUGGUUCUGGGGGCUUAAUUUUCAGAGUGAGAUUCUGUAUUGGGUUUGAGUUUGUGUUAUCAUGUGUUUUAUGUUGUUUCUUUUGUUCCAACAUUGCUCUUGGUUUAGGUUUCUGGCUUUUGCUUGUUAAGUGUUUUGUUCUCAUUACUAGUCACUUAGUACUAAGAUAAACACCCAGUGUUAUUUGGUUUUUGCCAUUAAGAUCUAUUAAAAUGUAGUGUUCAGUGUUGUACUACUCUUGCAGGAAAAUGUAAUUGUUUCAUGCUUAUCUACAAUGAAUGUUGUUCAGAGGAUGUGAAACCUUUCAAAACUGCCUGAUAAAGAUUCCACCUUAAACAUUUUGUAAGAAUAUGUCCUUAGAGCUCAGUGUUAUUGCAGGUGUCAAAGAAAUGUUAGAAAAGACUUUUAAUAUUAUGAUAUUUGAUGAAAAAAUUAAAUAUGCUGUUUGGGGGAAAAUGAAACUUGGAAAAGGCAAGCUUCUCUAACUUUGUUACAAUUAAUUGUAUACCUGUGUAUGUAAAUAUAAUGCAUUCCUAUUUUGCAGUCAAGAACAAAAAUACUAUUUGUAAUAUAGAAUAAACUUUAUUAUGAAACAAAA